AUGGACGUUUACCAGAGUGUGCUCGGUGGCACCAAACUUUUCAUGGACUAUCAAGACUGGACGCAAAUCCCCCCGAGAGCGCCAAUAGCACGAUUCGGACAGAUCUUUGGAACGUAUGACCAUUUGAUCUUGCUACUUGGUCGUGCCGCGAAUUUUGCCGCCAAGGAUUUGGCAAGAAAGCGCAAAGCGUUCAAAGCUCCGCCCGGCCCUCCCUCCGGAAAUACACCGCCCCAAUUCCCGGGAAUCAUCCCCGUUCAGGGGGGUUUUCAAACGCCCAUGGGGUUUAGUCCGCCGCGCCAUGUCUCCCCUCAGAGCGAACAAACGGACGAGUCAGAUCCUCGCUCCACGCUUGAUGUGGCCCUUGAGGAGUGGGAGAGCAUCCAGAAAGCUUUUGAUGCUCUAAGGGAUAGCUUUGGGCCAGAUUUUCGGCCACUAAGUACGGAAUUUUCGGAUAAACGGGAGUCCCCGUUCGGACUUGCUGUCCAGUACCGUACUUAUGCCAUCUCCGGUGUAUGGAUGAACUUCUACAUGGGUUUGAUUCAUCUGCAUAGGGCCCACCCGAAUAUGCCACCGGCGGCUAUGCAGGCAGCAGGAAUGGCUGCCAGGGAGACGGAAACAUACGCGAAUCAAAUCGGGCGUAUUGCUUCUGGACUUUGGGCAGAUAGCCCCAGGUCGACUCCGGAUCCCCUUCUUGUGGCGGCACUGAUUGAGUGCUCCUUCUGCUUAUUCGUGGCUGGCGUACAGUAUCAUGUGGACAACCAGCGACAUUGGCUCAUUCAGAGAAUGUCUGAUGUUGCUGAAUAUACGGGCUGGCAAUCAGCAAAGCAGAUUGCUACCGGCUGCGAAGCUGUGUGGAAGAAGGCAGCCCAAAUGGGCCGUGGCCCCCCAUAUGUCAGCAGAACUCGGACUGUUGAAGACCAUGCACAGUCAGUAUGGCGCACUGCCAGACGCUUGGAUGAGGUCUUCGAGCAAGAAGGCGACAGGCGCAUUGUGCUGGCGAGAGCGGACAGGGCGCAAUUUGCCCUUGGGCUGCUUGCUGCAGAGGAGGAUUUGGCUCGUCUCGAGCUACGUGACGAUCGCACGUAG